AUGAUGUCCACUCGGCCAGUUCCUGGAAGUGACAUUCAUGAUGUGAUCAUUGUCGGCGCUGGACCCUGCGGCCUUGCGGUCGCCGCUCGCAUUAACGAAGAAACGCCGUCUGCGAUGUUCACCGACGAGGAACACCAGCGCUACCAUUGGAUCAAAAAGCACGCUGGAAAGAUGAAGCUAGUUCAGGCCGGAAGUAGUAAGAUCAAUGGGGUACGAGCCGAAAAAUGGAAUCGCGGACAGAGGCAGUGCCCAUGCGAAAUCGAGUCGGUCAGCGAAGACCGUCGAGGCUCAACAGACUCAUCAUCGUCCGUGCCAUCGCUUUCAUCUGCCUCCACAGCGUCAUCAACAUCAAUCUCAACGCUUGUUCUGGAUGGAUCGGGUGAUCAGUGGAUGCAGCGGUGGAACAACGCGUUUCGAACGCUUGAGAUCAAGCAGCUACGGAGUCCGAUGUUCUUUCACGUUGACCCUGGAGACCGAGACGGGAUGCUGGCAUAUACCCAGGAGAUGGGUCGGGAGGAUGAUCUGUGGGAGAUUUCUGGCUGUGUAGGGCAUGAGAUGAGCAAGCACAAGAAGAAGAAGAGACGUCAGGGAGGAAAGAAACAGAUGAUUGGGGUUGAUAUUGAUGAACGAGACCGCAAAGACUACUUUUCUCCGUCAACCGAUCUCUUCGCCGAUUAUUGCGCGUCUAUUAUUCAGCGCUAUGGCCUUGAUGAACCAAAUCGGAUUCUAAAACAGGAGGUCAUUGAUAUUAAAUAUGACUUCCUACCCGACAAUAUGGAGAUCGCGGCUCCAAACUCCAAAAUCUUUACACUGGCGACUUCAACUGGUCAAAUAUUCUACAGCCGAUCGGUGGUCAUGGCAAUUGGUGCUGGCGGUGCUGGCAUCUCCAAGAUAUUCCCCUGGAAGCCAUCCAGCGAGGAAGAAGGUGCCAGUGCUUGCUGUCAUAGUAUGGAGAUCAAAUCCUUCCCUAGUUCGAAUGUGCGAAGUAAAAUCCAACGACGCCAGCAAACAAACGUGGUUGUGGUGGGAGGGGGACUCUCCUCGGCUCAAAUCCUUGACAUGGCGGUGCGAAAGGGGGUAACCAAAGUAUGGUUUUUGAUGCGCUCUGAUUUUAAAGUCAAGCACUUCGAUAUCGGCCUCCCCUGGAUGGGCAAGUACAAGAACUUUGAAAAAGCAGCCUUCUGGUCUGCGGACACUGAUGAAGAACGCCUUGAAAUGAUCAAGACUGCUCGUAAUGGCGGCAGCAUCACGCCUCGCUACGCCCGCAUCGUCAAACAGCAUGCCGCGCAUCACCGCGCCUCAAUCCACCCCCGGACUGUCAUCACAUCACACCAGUAUAGUCCUGACAGCCAAACCUGGACCCUGACCACCGACCCACCAAUCCCGGACUUGCCCUCGAUUGACUACAUCUACUUUGCAACAGGGGCCGGCGCCGAUGUUCGCGAGAUGCCUCUGAUGAACAACAUCAACCGCCAAUACCCAAUCGAGAUCAAAGAAGGUUUACCCUGCCUGACCGAUGAUCUCAUGUGGCGAGAAGAUGUGCCGCUAUACAUGACAGGGCGACUCGGAGCCCUGCGAUUGGGUCCUGGGGCCCCAAAUCUCGAAGGCGCCAGGCUUGGCGCGGAGCGCAUUGCCUGGAGCUUGGAAGAGAUCCUUGAGAAGGACCGGGAGGUUGGGAAUCGUUGCGAAGGGUUCUGUGGACUGGGGAAUCGGUAUGCCUCACUGGUUGAUAGCGAUGAGUGA